UUAUUCCAGUUUCUAUAAAUACCAUCCUCCUCCUACAUCGCAGAAACACACAAACACCAACACACAGCAAACUAUCCUCCUCAGUCUCUCAAACAGUACCGGCAACUACUAGUUAUUCAUUAUCUAUUUCUAUCUCUUAUACUCUGUUUCUCCUUUGCUUUAGUUGCUCGGUAAAUUGCCACCCAAGUAAGGCUGGAAUGGUUUCCAUUAUUGUUGGCAUCAUGGUGAACACCAUUUCCUUGCUGGCUUUGCCGUCAGUUGUGUACCUCCUAUGGUGUCUGGUGUCAAAGGCAUGGGUUUGGGCAUGGUCCACCUCGAGAACCUUGCCUACUGAGGCCCAGCGUAAGCUGCCUCUGCCUCCAGGCUCUAUGGGAUAUCCUUAUAUUGGAGAGACCUUCCAGCUUUACUCCAAGAAUCCAAACAUUUUCUUCGCCCUCAAACAGAAGAGAUACGGAGCCAUCUUCAAGACACACAUCCUGGGGUGCCCUUGUGUGAUGCUAUCCAGCCCGGAGGCGGCCAAGUUCGUGCUGGUGACGAAAGCGCAGUUGUUUAAGCCGACGUUCCCAGCGAGCAAGGAGCGCAUGCUCGGUCGCCAGGCCAUCUUUUUUCAGCAAGGUGACUACCACGCUCGCCUAAGGAGACUCGUCCUCAGGGCUUUCAUGCCCGAUGCCAUUCGUUCCACCGUUGCUGACAUAGAGACCGUCGCCCUCACAACUCUCAGCUCUUGGGAUGGCCGCAUGGUUAAUACCUUCAAGGAGAUGAAGACUUAUGCAUUUAAUGUGGCACUUCUAUCUAUAUUCGGGAAAGACGAGAUUGGUCACAUAGAAGAGCUGAAGCAGUGCUACUACACGCUGGAGAAGGGGUAUAACUCGAUGCCCAUCAAUCUCCCUGGGACCCUCUUCCACAAGGCCAUGAAAGCCAGGAAGCAAUUGGGUGAGAUUGUGGCCAAGAUACUGGCAUCCCGAAGGGAAAGCAAGGUCCAGGCCAAUGACUUGCUGGCCUCCUUCAUGGAGGACAGAGAAGCUCUCACCGACGCCCAGAUUGCUGACAACAUCAUCGGCGUUAUCUUUGCUGCACGAGACACCACCGCAAGUGUGCUCACCUGGAUCGUCAAGUACCUUGGCGAGUACCCGGGUGUCUUGCAGGCUGUCAGAGAAGAGCAAGAGGAAAUCAUGAGAAUCAAAGAGAUGGGACAAGAUAAGAAUGAUGUUGACAAGUGCUUAACUUGGGCGGAUACCAAAAAGAUGCCAAUGACUUCCAGAGUGAUCCAGGAGACUAUGAGAGUGGCUUCAAUCCUGUCUUUCACUUUCAGAGAAGCAGUGGAGGACGUCGAGUUUGAAGGUUAUCUAAUACCCAAAGGAUGGAAAGUGCUGCCGUUGUUUAGAAACAUUCACCAUAGCCCGGACAACUUCCCGGACCCUGAGAAGUUUGAUCCUUCAAGGUUUGAGAAAUCACCGAAGCCCAACACCUACAUGCCCUUUGGAAAUGGGACCCACUCAUGCCCGGGGAACGAGCUUGCCAAGCUGGAAAUGUUGGUCCUUCUCCAUCACCUCACCACCAGAUACAGGUGGUCCUUGUCGGGAACCGAGAGUGGAAUUCAGUUCGGUCCUUUCGCACUGCCUUUGAAUGGACUGCCCAUCAGAUUCUUUCGGAAGACAUCAAGAAACAAUGGAUGAACAACCCAAGACCUUCUACAUUCAUCUCUGGCUAGCUAGCCAGCCAGCUAAGAUAGAUUGAUUGCUUACGGAAUUUAUGCCUGGCCCGGCUGGUAGAUACAAUACAUAUAUAUAUAUAUAUAAAUAGAUUAAAGGAAGUAAGGACCAACAAAGCUAAGUUAAACUAAGCUACGUAAUUCUAAAAAAAGCAAGACUGAUGACACCAAAAACACAUAACGUCACUACACCUGGGGACUGUUGAGAAUUUUGCAAUUAAGGUGAUUGCAAUUUCUCUCAUUGUAACAGAUGGAAGGAGAUCAGAGACCAUACACAACUGCUACAAUUUACAAGCAUGCGCUAAUUGCUUAUGCGCAGCAGCAGCAGCAGCAGCAGCAGCAGCAGUUAUAUUUAUUUUCAGAUAUGGGGAAGGCUGCAAAAGCUUCAGGCCUUCUCACAUAGUUAUGUAUGUAUACAAAGAGAGAGAGAGAGAGAGAGAGAGAGAGAGAGAGAGAAUUAUUUACAAUUUGGCGCUAUAACACCCGGCCUAAGGAUCGGGUAAAUAUGAAAUGUAAAAUUUUUUUUUUCUUGUUUUUUCAUUUACAUUUGUCUAUGAAGCUUUUGUGUUCCUUCA